AUGGCCUUCUUCCGCAUAACACUACACCGCUCGAGCAUUGGCAUGCCCGAGCGCACGCGCGGCGUUCUACAUGCCCUCGGUCUCCGGCGACGCGCACAGACUGUCUUCCAUCCCGUGAGUCGGCAAACGGCCGGUAUGAUCAUGAAGGUGAAGGAGCUGGUACGAGUGGAGGAGGUCGACUGCAGUCUCAGCAAGAAUCAAGUCAAGGCGGAGCGAACUCCGGACGCCGGAUUCUACCUCGAGAGAAAAGUGCAGAGGAUGGAGGGCUGA